CUGGCAGCAGCGGGUCCCCACACUUCCCUAAAUGGGCAACUUCACUUCCCGAACCCAUCGUCCCUGCCUGGUAGGCCCAGGUGGCAUCCUGCCCGCGCCUGAGCCCACAUCUUGGAUCCCCCAGGUAUCCUGGGCCCCUGCUGGGCCCGUGACACCCCCUGUCUGGAUGGAGCCAUGGCCCCCGCGUUCAUUCUUACACUGCUGUGGUGGUUGCAGGACGUCACAUCAGGUUACUCGUCUGUGGAGAGCUUGUACACGCGGGUGCGUCACCAGGAAGGGGACACCCUGUCUGUGAAGUGCUCCUACAACCACCGCAAAAACCGCGUGGAGGACAAAGUGUGGUGCAAGGUCAGGAAGAGGAAGUGUGAACCCGGCUUUGUCCGGAACUGGGUGCAGGGGCCCCACUACCUGCUGGAGGAUGAUGCCCAGGCCAAGGUGGUCACUGUCACCAUGAGGGACCUCAGGCGCCAGGACUCGGGCCGGUACUGGUGCAUGCGGAACACCCGCGGGACCCUCUACCCUAUGACAGGCUUCAUGCUGGAAGUGUCUCCCGCCCUGACAACAGAGAGGGACCCGCUCCUGACACAUCCAGCCGACGGCCUUGACAGUGGAUUUGUCACCAUGGGCCACGUGUCCACUUCCGGCUCCCAGGCCCAUUUCACCUCUGGACUCCUCACCUCGUCCCCCACUACCUCCGAGAGUGCCCGGCCAAACUCCAUGGCUGACUACAGUGUCACUACCUCGGGGCCCAGCUGGACCACGGAGUCCCCCGGCCGGGCCAGAGCCUCCUCUGCCGGCCCAGCGUCCACGCCCACCAAGUCCAGGCAUGUCAACAGUGGCUUCCCCGCCACGGGCACCUACCACAACCACUUACCCUCCGUCAGGCCACAGGAGCCUUACCUCACCGUGCUCGUGGCAGUCCUGACCCUCCUUCCGGCACCUGUGAUGUUUGCCAUGGUCUAUCGGUUUUGGAGGAAGAGGCACAUGGGAAGCUACAGGAUGAGCAGUGAGCACCCCAGACCCUGGGUGUACUUGUGUCGAGCCCCAGAGCCCCUGUGGAAGUCUGCUUAGUUUGAGACCACGUAGUGCCGGGGUGAAAAACUUCUCUCUCAUCCGGCCCAGGUGGUCAAAAGAAGAGUGAAAACCACAGAUGGCCCGAGCGGAGGGAAUGCAGCGAGAGCUGCUUUCUCCCCUGGCCAGGGCCGCGGUGGCUUCAACUUUCCUCUCUCCCUUUGACCUUUUCAAUACACUUGGGGACAGGGGUCAGGGCUCACGAGCUCCGGAGGAAUCUGACAUCCCAUGGACAAAGGGCUCAGACAAUGAUCAAGAGCUGGAACCAUAGAAGGGUCAACAGCUGUCCAAGACCCCCCUCCUGGCCAGCCAGUGCAUCCGCAGAUACUGAAUCAUAAAGACUGGACCUAAGCAAGUGCAACUCCCUGGGAAGAGGCUCUGGUAGGGGGCAGGAAGAAGG